AUGCACGCAAAGGUCUUGGAUAGAUAUAAUGCGGCGGGUGUUGGCAGAACGACUAAGGAGGUAGCCCUUUGUUUGUGUUUGAUAGCAAUCAGGUAUGCCGGAGAGGAACAGAUUCUGGGUAUAGGCGGGGGAGAAAGCAGUACCCUGUUUGCGUGCAUGACGGAUCAGCAACUCGCAACG